UGUGGCUUUCAAAAUGACAUCUUUAUGAAACAAAUUAAUAGUUUACUAACUGCCCCCCCAACAACAUCGAACAGCUGAUUGAGCGCUGCUGUGACAGGCCAGCCGCGUUUUGCGCCGGGGUGGCAACUCUAAUGCAUGUAAUUUCAAGCAAACAACUGAAAGUUACGUAUUCGAACCGGCGGCCACAAGUAGCCAUAAUACAAGUGGCUAGGAAUUAUGUUCAAAGGCUUACGACAUGUCAGAACUGUGCUGCAACGUGGACCCUACAAUGUGGCACGCGGCCAUACCUACGUGACACACAAUGGCCAGCCAAAUGGCGAUGCUAAUGUUGCCGCCGCCGCCGCAGCCGCGGGCACCGACACACGAUUACCCAGCAAUCUUAAGCGACAGCUAAAUUCUCCCGCCCUACACCCAUUGAGCUGGCGACAGAUGCAAAUGCUGCGGGCGGAGUACAAGGCAAUUGUAGGUGUAGUUGCACGCUCGCUUCAAUUGACUCCACGUGAGGUGCAGCAACUGCAUAUGCGAUGCUUUUGCUCACGCAAGGCAGAUACAGAGACAGACAAGCCCCGCUCCGGCAAAGAAAGCAGCAACGUGGCGGGCAAUAAACCUACUUCAAGCCCCAACACAACUGAGUCGGAGAAGAGCGGAAGCAGUGCGGAUGGAAUCAAGGGCAGAGAAGAAGAACCCAGACCGAGCUCCGCGGCUGGGCCCGGCUCUGGCGACGAGGCCUCCAAUCCAAAUAACAACAAAAACAAUGAAAACGAUGAGAAAAUGCGGUCGGUAUUAACAAAGGCGGUACUAUGGCUAUUCACCAUAUAUAUGUUCGUGGCGUUCAUCUCGUUGCUUAUAACGCCGCGCACCGAACGACCAGAGGGCUCCACACGCUACGUCUCCUGGAAUGAGUUUGUUCACCAUAUGCUAGCCGUGGGCGAGGUCAAAGAACUGAUCAUACGCCCGGAUAUGGAAAUGGUUACGAUUAUCCUGCACGAUGGUGCUGUGAUUAAGGGUCGCAAAGUAACCUCUACCAUAUUUCACAUGGCUGUGGCGGAUGCUAACAAAUUCGAGGAGAAGUUGCGUAUGGUGGAGAAGCGCUUGGGGAUCACAGACGGCGUCCCGGUCACCUAUGAUCGACAAACAGAUACCACGGGCCGCAUCCUGAUGCUGUUACUCUUUUGCGCCCUGCUCAUGUCCAUAGCGACGCGUAUGAAGAGCAUGAAGAGCCCGCUCAGUAUGGAUUCAUUCAACCAAAUGGGCAGGGCCAAGUUCACGCUAGUCGAUCCCUUUGAUGGUGGCCGUGGCGUACUGUUUCGCGACGUGGCCGGUCUCAGUGAAGCCAAGCAGGAGGUGAAGGAGUUCGUGGACUAUCUGAAGACACCCGAAAAGUACCAGCGACUGGGCGCCAAGGUGCCACGCGGCGCCCUCUUGCUGGGACCACCGGGCUGCGGCAAGACGCUGUUGGCCAAGGCGGUGGCCACCGAGGCGCAGGUGCCGUUCCUCAGCAUGAAUGGAUCCGAGUUCAUUGAAAUGAUUGGCGGCCUGGGCGCCGCACGUGUCCGUGAUCUGUUCAAGGAAGGCAAGAAGCGGGCACCCUGCAUCAUUUACAUAGACGAAAUCGACGCUAUCGGACGUCAGCGUUCCGGCACCGAAAGCAUGGGCCAGGGCAGCUCCGGCGAGUCCGAGCAGACACUUAACCAACUCCUAGUCGAAAUGGACGGCAUGGCCACCAAAGAGGGUGUACUUAUGCUUGCCAGCACCAACCGAGCAGACAUUCUCGAUAAGGCUUUGCUUCGACCUGGUCGCUUCGAUCGUCACAUACUUAUUGAUCUGCCGACGCUGCAGGAACGCAAAGAGAUAUUUGAGAAGCACUUGUCGGGAAUUAAGCUGGCCGAGCCGCCCAGCACCUAUUCACAACGUUUGGCACGCCUCACGCCCGGCUUCUCGGGCGCCGACAUUGCGAAUGUGUGCAACGAGGCGGCAUUGCAUGCGGCGCGCAGCGUUCAAGCAGAGGUCACUAGCAAAAAUCUUGAAUACGCCGUCGAGCGUUUAGUGGGUGGCACCGAGAAGCGCUCGCAUGCUUUGUCGCUCACCGAACGCAAGGUGAUCGCGUAUCAUGAGAGUGGACACGCUCUGGUUGGCUGGAUGCUGCCCAAUUCGGAUAUCUUGCUGAAGGUGACCAUUGUGCCGCGCACUAGCUUGGCCCUGGGCUUUGCCCAAUACACGCCCAGCGAGCAGCAUUUAUACUCCAAGGAGGAGCUAUUCGAUAAGAUGUGCAUGGCACUGGGUGGACGUGCAGCCGAGAAUUUGGUGUUCAAGCGCAUUACGACUGGUGCCCAAAACGAUUUGGAGAAGGUCACCAAGAUAGCCUAUUCGCAGAUUAAGAAAUUUGGCAUGAACGAAAAGCUGGGCCCGAUCUAUGUGCGCGACGCGAAUGAAUCUGGCGGCGGCGGCGCCAGCGGCAGCGCCAAGCCCUUCUCCCGUGCCAUGGAUAGCAUUAUUGAUCACGAGGCGCGCAGCGUUGUCUCCGAGGCCUAUAGGACAACCGAGGAGCUGCUGAUUAAACAUCGCGACAAACUGGAGAAGCUGGCAGAGGCAUUGUUGGAUAAGGAGACGCUAGAUUAUGAUGAAGUGGUAAAUUUAAUCGGUCCGCCACCAUUUGAUCCAACCAAACGUCAGGUGGACUCGGUAGAGUUUGAGCAAUCGCUAAAGAAUCUUGGCACAGAUCAGUCACAAUCGUAAGGUGCUGCACCAAGGACAAUCAACAAGCCGAAAACGAACGAUGACGCUUUAACAACUGUGUCGCCUACGCCUCCUCCUCCUGCUCCUCCUCCUCCUCCUCCUCUAACUGCUUUAGCAGCUCUUCUUGCUUCACCUCUCUUAUCAAACAUAUUUCAAGAGCCCAGCCUUCUAUUCACUCGUUAGACCGUUGAAGCCGGUACAAGUUCGAUAAAUGUAAAUAAAGCUGUUUAUAUUUUUAA